AUGUCCAGCCUGAAUUCUUUUUGCCUCGAAACAAGCGCCCCCUCCGUUCCAAUGCCGAACGACUACAUCGCCGCCAAGCCGCUCGCAUCGGUCGCCUCCGUCUCGCUGGAUGGUGCCGGGCCGACGCCGUCCGCCACGCGGCUCGACGACCUCGGCGUCGACGGCGUCGUGAUCGACGGCCUGCUCACAGCCGACGAGUGCUCGCGGAUCGUGCAGGCCGCCGAGGCGAGCGGCGGCUUCGGCUUCUGGGACGCGAGCGGCGACGCGGACAAGCGGCGCGUGCGCAACGCCGACACGCUCGAGUUUGACGACCCGAAGCUGUGCGAGGCGCUCUACCUGCGGCUCGCGCCGUGGCUGACGCCGCGCGUGGCCUUCUCGUCCGAGGAGGAGGAGCUGUUCGAGGCGGAGCUCGAGGGCGAGUGGGUCGCGUGCGGCCUGAACACGCACCUCCUGCUCAACCGAUACGGCGCCGGCGGCCACUUCGCGCCGCACGCCGACGGCUCGACACCUAGAUGCUCCACUCUACUCGACUUCAACCGGCGCAGCCUCUACACAGUGCUGCUGUACCUGAAUGAGUGCGAAGAGGGCGGCGCGACGCAGCUGCUCGUGUCUCUUGACGGGGCGACGAUGGAGCGGCCCGGUGACGGUGUGCGCGUCGCGAGGCCGGCACCGAGGCGCACGGGCGCCGACUGCUCGGCGCAGAACUCAAAGGCCGCGGCGCCCGCCACGCAGUACAUCGCCAGGCUCUUGUACUGCCUGCGCACCGACGUGAUGUAUGAGCGGCGGCCGCCGAUCUGCACCGCGCCGCACGACGCCUACGCCCUGCUGCUGCGCGCGAGGGAGCACGAGGCGGCGGGCGAGCCCAUGGAGGCGGUGGCGCUGUACCGGCGCAUCAAGCGGCUCUCCGACGGCAUCGCGGCGGCGUGCCGGCUGCGGUAG